UCACUAUCACGGAAGUGCGUGCUCAUAGGCUGGAAGCUGUUAUCAGGAAUCCGCAAGUUCUGAUUAUGUUUCGCUAGUUUGUUCGCGCUCAUUAACCACCAAGAGUCAAGAGAGGACAAUAUAACGAGUGACUUUACUUUAAAAAAAAACAAAAAAAUGGCCACUAUCGUACUCAUUAAGAACACAGCACAGGUUACGUCGAGGCGAUGCUUUCUUUCCAAGUUAAAGGGGCUUUCAAAGGCGGGAGAGUGUCAUUCGUCACGGUACUUUCACGUUAGUUCGUUGCCACUGACAACAUGGUCGUCCAGGACUGCGGGCGUACGGUUCACGUCCCACGGGACCGCAGGCAGGUCAGCAGCCAGUGGGCGAAGCAGGAGGCGGGGUGUCCUAGCGCUGAGCGGAGCCGCGGCUAUCACCGCAGCCGUCGCGGGAUUCAUGGCCAACGUCAACCACUUCCAGCGGGCCGAGAUGGCGACUCUGGUACCCCGAGCGGCCGACGACGACGACGAGGAGGAGGGGGGGGACAUCUUGAUGAGGUGCCGGGGAUUCAUGUCUCCUCCGGUCACUGACGUCGCCGUGCUGCAGGACAGGAAGGGCGAGAUGUGCACCAGGAUGGAGAUGCUCAUCAUGGAGACGCAGGCCGCGUUCUGCAAAGCUUUGGAGGAGGUGGACGGUGGGACUUUCAAGGUGGAUCGCUGGGAAAGAAAAGAAGGUGGUGGUGGGAUCAGCUGUGUGAUGCAGGAUGGCAAAGUCUUUGAGAAAGCUGGAGUCAAUGUAUCAGUGGUGUUUGGAAACCUAACUGAAGAGGCGGCCAGGCAGAUGAAGAGCAGGGGCAAGGUCCUCAAAGGGAAAGAUGGCAUGUUGCCAUUUUGUGCCAUGGGCGUGAGCUCCGUAAUCCACCCCAAGAACCCGCACAUCCCCACGGUGCACUUCAACUACAGAUACUUUGAGAUUGAAGAGGAAGACGGCUGCAAACAGUGGUGGUUUGGUGGCGGCACAGACCUGACUCCUGUUUAUGUCAAUAAAGAAGAUGCAUUUCACUUCCACAACACCCUGAAGGAGGCCUGUGACAAGCACCACCCACAGUACUACACAGACUUCAAGAAAUGGUGUGACAGAUACUUCUAUGUACGGCACAGAGGAGAGACUCGGGGGAUUGGCGGGAUCUUCUUCGACGACCUGGACAGCCCCAGUCAGGAGGAGGCGUUCGGCUUCGUCAAGAGCUGUGCCCGCACUGUGGUGCCCUGCUACCUACCCAUAGUCUACAAACACCUCCACGAUCCUUUCACUGCCCAGGAGAAGGACUGGCAGCAGGUGCGACGAGGAAGGUACGUGGAGUUCAACUUGGUGUACGACCGAGGAGUGAAAUUCGGCUUGGCUACGCCAGGAUCCCGAAUUGAGAGCAUCCUCAUGUCCCUGCCCCUCAGCGCAAGGUGGGAGUACAUGCACGAGCCCGACCUUGGUACCCGAGAGGCCGAGAUGUUGGAGGUGUUACGAAACCCAAAGGAGUGGCUGUGAGCUCUGUCUUGACACAUUUACAUGUCAAUGUGGAUGGAACGCACAUGUUGUACUUGAUAAGAGCGAUGUUUACCAAAAUAAUAGGUUCCUUGACAUGUUUUUUUUGUGUGUGUGUGUAAUUGCUGUUGUAAAUCACUCAAUGGGCAAGUUGAAUUUAAAACAAAAAUAAAUAAAAUGUACCUUGCCUGUUGGCCAUUGUGCCUGCUUGUUGGUCAUCUCACAUUGACAUGUCCCUUUGUGUUGAGGCUAAAUGUAGCUCGCCCUAGUUGAAGUUCUCACUGCUCUUCUGCUUUCUUUUUCUUUUUCUUUUUCUUUUGAACUUAAAUGAUUUUAGCAAAUGGCUACAAUAAAACGAGUAAAAAAUUUAA